UCAUUUCCCCUCCCAUUCAUGCCUUGACUAUGAUCUGAAGAAUAAAUUAAGGAGGUGUUUUCUCGUAGCGAGACUGGUAUUUCUGAAAUGGGUGUGACGAAGGAAUUCAUAAAUGCACCUGCAAUGUGCUAUUUACAUCUGCUUCUGACAGCUCUCCAACCACAAGUAUGGCUGAAAAACUCAUCACUAACAUCUACCAGGAGGAGAGUGCUAUCCAUAUGUUAUCUGUGAAAGUUGUCCAAGCCAGGAACAUUCCAUGGGCAGACUGGAUGAGCAAUGCGGACUGUUAUGUAAGCAUCUGGCUCCCAACAUGCACAAACAGAGUUCUAAAAACCAAGACUCUGUCAAACACCAGCGACCCCAAGUGGGACGAGACAUUUCACUUCAAGAUUUGUGAAAAAGUCCAGAACCUGAUGCAUCUGUCACUUCAUGAUGAAGAUGUGGUCUCUAAAAAUGACUUGCUAUACACUGUGGUGUUUGAUGUGGGAAAAGUCCCCAUCGGGGAAACCAUGAAGACGACCUUUCCUCUGAACCCAGAGGGAAAAGAGAGUCUUGAUGUGGAGUUCACAAGGAAGACAUUACCAGCUCAUCCUGAAAAAAUAUUAACAAACAGUGUUCUCGUGUCCAGAUCAGUUUCCUGUUUAGAUGUUUCAGUAGACAAGCAGAAGAUUCCAGAACAUUUUCAAGGCAAAACUAUUGUUCUGACGGUGGAAGAUUCCUGUGAAAAAAAUAAUGAAUUGGUGCUGGAUCCUGGUUCUGAUCACAUAGACCCCUGCACAUUCCACUGCAUCAGAAAAUGGGAUCCAGAACUCACUGUCCAUCUAGAGGGCACAAACGCAGAAGACGCUGAUGGUUUAACAAAGGUUCCUUUUAAUUCACUUUCAGUGGGAAAAGAAGAGAGAAUAGAGCUUCCUGCGCCACCUGGAAGGUCCUUGGAAUUGAAUCUUAAAGUGGAAGAGUGCACAGAUAAGCUCGAUGUACGCUUGGGGUAUGACCUCUGUGAAGAUGAGAAAAUAUUUCUUCAGAACAGAAGUAAGAUGGUUGCUGCAGCUUUAAAAAAGGUCCUGAAGCUUGACCGAGAUCUGGAAGAUCAUGAGGUUCCAGUGAUUGCUGUGACAACUACGGGAGGUGGGACAAGAGCAAUGACCUCACUCUACGGCACCUUGUCUGGGCUCAAGAAAAUGAACCUGUUGGAUGCGGUGUCUUACAUCACCGGAGCCUCCGGUUCCACUUGGUGUAUGUCUAAGCUUUAUGAAGAUCCUGAUUGGUCACAAAAGGACCUGACAAAGCCAAUAAAGGAGGCGCGGAAAAGCGUGACAGAUAGUAAGCGCUCUGCUUUCAGUCUCGAUCGGUUGUCCUUUUACCGCGAGGAAAUGGAGAAGCGAGCAAAGAUGGGAUACAAAGCCUCUUUCACAGACCUUUGGGGUCUUCUGCUUGAAUCCAUGUAUCAUGACGGAUUGAACGAUACAAAACUAUCUGAUCAGAGGAAGGCCCUGAACCAUGGCCAGAAUCCACUACCGCUGUGCCUGGCAAUGAACGUCAAAGAUAUUGAAAAAACCACUCUGGAUUUUAAGGAGUGGUGUGAGUUUUCCCCGUAUGAAGUGGGUCUCCUGAAGUAUGGCGCUUUCAUCCGUGCAGAGGAUUUCGGCAGUCAGUUCUUCAUGGGGCGGCUAACAAAGAGACUCCCUGAGUCCAGACUCUGCUAUCUGCAAGGCUUGUGGAGCAACAUCUUUUCCAUCAAUCUGAUGGAUGCCUGGGUUGCUGCUGUCAGUUCAGAACAUUUCUGGUAUAGGUUUACCAGGGACACCGUGUACAAUUUAGAUGAAGAGGAAUUUUUGGCCAAGAAAAGGGCUGAGUCUGGUCUAGAGACUCGCCUUUAUGAGCCAACUGGGGUGUUCAGUAGCACAGUGAAAAAUAUUUUAACUAAUCGACCAAUCGAUGGAGAACAUCACAACUUCGUGAGAGGACUACAGAUUCAUAAGGACUAUGCCAAGCAAAAGGGAUUUAACUCAUUUAAAGACACACAGCUAGAUCAGUCCCCAAACCAGCUGACCCCAUUCACGGACGACCUGUGUCUGGUAGACAGCGCAUAUUAUAUCAACGCCAGCUUUCCAUCGCUACUUCGGGAAGAACGCAAAGUAGACAUCAUUUUGUCAUUUGACUACGGGCUUUCAGGACACUUUAAGUCAGUGGAACAAACCAAAAGCUACUGUACCAACCAGAAGCUUCCCUUCCCAAAUAUCGAGCUGAGUGACGCAGACCGGGAGCACCCCAAGGAAUGCCAUGUGUUCUCAGACCCCGAGGAUCCAGAAGCUCCUGUUAUUCUUCACUUUCCACUUGUAAAUGAUUCCUUUAAGAAGUACAAAGCACCAGGCGUAAGUCGCAGCCAUCAGGAACUUGAGGAUGGGGUUGUUCACCUAAAUGGCAUGUGGUCACCUUAUACUUUGGUAAAGUUGACCUACAGUGAAAGAAACUUUGACAAGCUGCUAAAUCUGGCAGAAUACAAUGUUAUGAACAGCGAGGAGCUCAUCCUGCAAGCGCUGCGUGAUGCCAUCGCUCACAAGCAGAAGAGCAGAAACACGGGCGCUAACUAGACUCAUGGCCCUGUUCGCAGGUAACGAGUGACGUUACGAUCGUACUGGUGUGAAAAUGCAAGGAACUCCCAGAAGCCUCUUGGUGCUAAAACAUGAAUUUAUGUCUCUCUGUCUG